UAAACACACUCAUUGUUACCGUGCUGAAAUACUGAAUAUUCUUAAGUUUCAUAUCAGAUAAUUUCAUACUUGGCUCUACAAACGUAGGACUGACAUGGCUACCAACAACUUUUUAAAGUCUUGGGGAUAUUCCAGAAAUACUACUGAAUCAAAGACGAUAGAUUUUUUUCCAAUUUCACGGUCAGACUUUACUCCUGAGGAUCUGCUCAACAUUUCCUCCCCUUUUGGAAGUGUCAUGAGCAUUCAGAAAAUAGUGAAAAAUGGAAUUGCAUGGGGCCUGGUUACUUAUUCUGAUGCUGUUGAUGCUACUAUGGCCGCCAUGAAACUGAUCGACAAAAAAGACUUUGUUGUGGGUCUGUCUGCACCGAGGGAGUUCAGCGAGGUCAGCAACAGUAUAUCAGACAGCCUCGACCACGAGCCCCACUUUUUCCAACAAGAUCCCUUGUAUGACAACCAUCACAACCCGGACAGAUUGUAUCCCCACGCUUACAGCCAGUAUCUUCGUAUUGUCAACCUGCCCAAAAAUAAUGAUCAAAGGUACCAGGUGCUCGGGCUCCUUCCUCCCUGCUCGUCCAUUGUAGAGCUGAACAAUAGAAGUGCCCUGGUGAUGUUUCCAGACUCCUUCAUUGCCAAGGGGACAAAGGAUUUCUUAAGUGGUUACUACAUUGGAUCAAGACGCCUCUAUGUUUACUUUGAAAGUUUUCGGAGCAAGCCAUUCCAUCCAAAAAGGACAGCACGCAGGAAUAGAGGACAGAGGCAUCACUUUCAUUACUAAAUCCUGAGAGGAAAUAAAGAACUUUGCCUGCAGAGUCA